CCCUCAUGACACCCAAGUCUGUUCAAUUCUCCUUGAAAGCUGGACUCAUCCCAUAAAUGAGGUUGUUCUAAGAUGGGAAUCUGUUUUUCCUCUUGCUAGGAAUAAUUUUACCCAACCAGAAUACUAUAUCAGUGCUAUGAAUACAAAAGAAACGGUUAGUGUUUACAUUGAGCAAGGCAUUACUCCCCGACUGGAAAUGCUAGAUAAUGAAGGGAGAAAAAUUAUACGGAAAACACAUCAUCAACUGCAAGGACGAAAACCAAGUGGAAACUACUCUGCACUUGAGAUAGAGUUCCAUUUAACCCGUCAGAUUGGACACUAUAUUAUUGACUACUAUGUACCCUCUGCACUACUGGUAACUUUAUCCUGGAUUUCUUUCUGGUUAGACCCGAAUGCAGUUCCUGGAAGAGUAACGCUUGGGACUGCCACAUGGCUUUCUUUUAUCACGAUGACGAAGACGACAGGGAGCGAUCAAUUGCCGAGGGUUUCUUACAUCAAGUUUCUUGAUAUCUGGUUUCUCUCAUGCACUGUCUUUAUCUUUGCCUCACUUCUGGAGUUUGCUCUUGUUAACAUAAUUUGGCGAAGGAAGGAACAUGUAACUAUGUCAAGAAUCACAGGAAAGGAAAUUUUACUGGAAGGAUUUAAGGAGCUUGGCAGAAGCGCUCUGACAACACCUUCGUAUACCAGAAGAAACUCCCAGGCUGAGCAAGAGAAAAGAUUAGGUUCUGAAAAUAGAAGGAACUCAGCUCCAUCUGCUCAGUCCAGGAAAGUAUCAACAUUAUCCUUGAACGAGUUAGCGGUCAGUUUUCCAUCUUUCAAUUUUCAAAGCGCAAACAACAUAAGUAACAACAACAACAGCUUCAGCAACUACAACAUCAACAACAAUAACAGCUUCAGCAACAACAGCAUGAACAACAAGAAUAGAAGCUUAAGCACAUCUUCAUCUCCACACUCUGAACCUUUCCAGUUCUACGUUUCAGAGCCUGACCCAGACAUGCAGGAGGUUAUUCUCCCGGUACCAUCCUUUCAUCAGGAGGGAGAAAAAAGAACAGGGAAAGUACUCUGGGGAAAUGCUGCCAAUGCACUUAUUAGGAAAAGAAAGAACAACCGAACUACAGUGAAGGAUGAGGAGGAUGGAAAAGAGAAGGAUGAACCAGUAAAUAUCAUGGAGCAGUUUCAGUCCAUGAGUUACGAAGAAAUCGCUAUCUGGAUUGAUACAAAAGCAAGGAUUGUGUUCCCUCUGAUGUUCCUUCUGUUUGUGAUCAUGUACAGUAUAUUUGUUGUGUACGCAGACCUCCUCCCUUCAUCAACUACUAUGGCUCACACUUAACUCCUGUUUGUGAUCAUGUAGUGUACAGUAUAUUUGUUGUGUACGCAAAGUGCAGACCUCCUCCCUUCAUCAACUACAAUGGCUCACACUUAACUCCUUCUGUUUGUGAUCAUGUACAGUUUAUUUGUUGUGUACGCAGACCUCCUCCCUUCAUCAACUACUAUGGCUUACACUUAACUCCGUCUGUUUGUGAUCAUGUACAGUAUAUUUGUUGUGUACGCAGACCUCCUCCCUUCAUCAACUACAAUGGCUUACACUUAACUCCGUCUGUUUGUGAUCAUGUACAGUAUAUUUGUUGUGUACGCAGACCUCCUCCCUUCAUUUUAAAAGAUUAAAAACCUCCUAUUUUACUAAAUAUUUAUUUUGUAUAAGGAAUAUGUAUCUAAUUCAAAAUUUUAUCGUAUUUGGAUUGAACAUCUUUUAAUUACGUCCUAAUAUGUAAAAAAACUUAAAGGGUAUGUUCACGUUAUUUCUAGUCACCUUCCACAAAUACAAUAAAAAAGAGAAUGCUGGAUUAACAGCAACCUUCGCCUGAGUACAUUUAUAAAAACAUUCUUGUUUAACUUGCUGAACAUUGAUAAAAUAAAUUUUAAUUUUGGCUUU